AUGAAUACCUUCUCUGCCCUUUUGAUAGCUUCCCUAGCCAUCCUUAGUACUCUAGCAUACCCAGACCAUCAUGGACAUGGUGAAGAAGAUCACGUUGCUCCAGGUUACCAUUAUGAAUAUGGUGUACACGACCCUCAUACCCAUGACGCUAAAUCCCAACACGAACAUCGUGACCACGAUGACGUAAAAGGAGCUUACACCAUCCACGACCCAGAUGGUACCAAAAGGAUCGUAGAAUACACUUCUGGUAAACACGACGGGUUCCAGGCUGUAGUGAGACGUGAAGGUCAUGCCCAACACCCUGCCCAUUACGGUAAAGAUGGUCAUGGUCAUGGUGGUGUUGGUGGUACCAGUUAUGUCAAGACUACCCAUUGGGGACACGGAUCUGGCAGAUAA